AAAAAGGAGGAAGAAGAAGUAGAACCGAUUGUAGGGGACAAGUUUAGCGAGUUAACAAUGAAAGGAAACUGGGAUGUAGUGAUUGGCAUGUUGGAAGAAAACAAGGCAUUGUGCAGGAUGAAUAUCAACGAAAGCAGAGGCACCGUACUCCACGUGGCAGUGAACGAGGGGAAGGAAGAAGUGGUGAAGAGUGUGGUGAAAGCAAUCACAGAGCACGACAUGAGCAAGGCCUUUGAAUCGAGGAACGAGAGAGGGGACACUCCUCUUCAUCUUGCAGCAACGAGGGGGUUCCAGAAUAUCUGCGAGUUGAUCAUAGGAGAGAAAAAAGAGAGGAAGCAUUUGGUUAAGAUUCACAACAAAGAGGGAGAGACACCACUGUUCCAUGCUGCAUUGUCGUGGCAGAAAGCAACGUUUGUGUAUCUUUGUUCCUUGAUGCCCCAAGGUGAUAACUAUUGCAAACAUCUCGUACGGAACAAUGGGGAUAAUAUUCUUCACUGUGCCAUUCGGAGAGAAUUCUUUGAUUUGGCACUUAUAAUAAUGCACAAGUAUCCCGAACUUAACGACGUUCAGAAUAGAGAGGGAUUCAGUCCUCUCAAACUUCUUGCCACUAGGCCCUCAGCCUUCAAAAGUGGAAGCAAUCUGCGAUGGUGGAAGACUAUCCUGUACCAUUGUAAGUCCCAGAAGUUCUUACACUACAGUACACAUGGUUAUCUACCACUCUAA